AUGAUUACGGCCUCGUCGCCCGUCGUCUAUCCCCCCAGCUCUUCGCCGCCGCCAGCGAAACGACCGAACCCGGGGCGCGAUCCCAAGUCGCGAACGCGCGGGAAAGCUGGGUUUCUAAUCGACGAUGACUCCGACGAAGAGGAAGAACCCGCUGCAAAGCGUCGCAUGCUCAGCAGUCCUGGCAAUAAUGCCACGGCCGAUUCGACACAGCCAUCGUCUCCUCCAGCGCCUUUAGAGACUGAGACUAGCGCGCUGGACAAACAGCAGACACACGCACAGAAUGCGACAGAGACCUGCGACAGUGAGGCCCCUGGUUUAUACGGAGAUGUCUCGCUCGAGCAAUUGUUGCGAUCAAAUCACCUUGCGUCAUCACAACCGGACAUAAUUUCGAGACAAUCGCAUCCGGGAUUCAAGAUCAGAAGUUGCUCCGGCAAAACUGUUGAUGUGAAGAUACGGAAAGCCUCCUCCGCUCCUUCGUAUGAAAGCAUGGUCGCCUCCCGCUCCAAGACCAAAGAGGGCCGAGCAAAACGCGCAUACUAUGGCAUCGAUGUCCACGAGCUGGUCGCCGCUGCCAAGCAGGAAAUCGAAGCAACCAAGACAAUCCAAGAGAACGCGACGCCAGAUGAUCCCAUGCCGUCUAUCGAGGCACCGACAACAAAGAGCUCAAAAAAGACAUUACUAUGGACGGAGAAGUAUCGGGCUAAAAAGUUCAUCGAUCUUUGUGGUGACGACGGAACCAACAGGCACGUGCUACGCUGGCUAAAGCGUUGGGAUCCCCUUGUUUUCCCAGGAGCUGCCCGGUCACGACCUUCAGGAAGGAGAAUCCAACAAGUCGAAGAAGAGAAGCCGCAUCGCAAAAUUCUUAUGCUCACUGGCCCGCCCGGUCUGGGCAAGACCACAUUGGCUCACGUUUGUGCAAAGCAGGCAGGGUACGAGGUUCUCGAGAUCAAUGCAAGUGACGACCGGAGUAAGGAUGUUGUCAAGAAUCAAAUUCGGACAAGUUUGGGUACGGAGAGCGUCAAGACAGUCCAGCACAAGAAAAUUGAGGCAGAUGAACAGCCGAAGAUUGCGCGUCCAGUCUGCGUUGUCGUUGAUGAGGUUGACGGUGUUGUUUCUGGUUCUGGCGGCUCCGGAGACGGAGGUUUCAUCAAGGCCCUCAUGGAUCUGAUCAGCUUGGGGGAGAGAAAUAGCUCUGGUCAGGCCGCACAAAACACUGGGCGCAAGCAGAAGAAGACCGACGACUUUCGACAGAUGCGACCUCUCAUCCUUAUCUGCAACGACGUUUAUCACCCCUCACUCCGUCCCUUACGCCAAUCUAAUCUUGCCGAGGUUAUUCAUGUUGGAAAGCCUAGCAUAGACUCCGUGGUCAACCGUCUAAAGAGCGUGUUUGAGAAGGAAGGCAUUCCUUGUGAAAAAGAUGCGGCACGUAAACUCUGUGAAGCAGCUUGGGGCAUGAGCAGUGGGAUGGAUGCGAAAAAGGGGGCACAGAGUAAUGCGGAAGGUGAUCUAAGAGGAAUCAUGGUGGUUGGAGAAUGGGUUGCCGGCCGAUUGAAAUCCGCCUCACUGGAAGGACAGCUCCGCCUAACACGGCAAUGGCUCGAACAGCAUAUUGUUCAUGAUUUAGCACACGGUGGAGGUGGAGCACGAGGAUUGGGGCGAGGAAACACCAAGGAUAUCGUCACGCGAAUCUUUCAAGAGGGCGCGGGCUUUCCAAAGGGCACGCUGACCAUUGCCAAGUCGGCAGCACCACUUGGUGAACAACCACAGGCUCAGCUCAAGUUCUCUGAGCAAACCAAAAAGUAUGCCAUGGAAAGACUGAGGGAGAUGGUUGAGACGAGUGGCGACGUUGACCGUGUCGUGACGGAUAUUUUCUCCGAGUACCCAAACCACGAACUCAACGAUGACUUUUUCCUUACCAAGCCGAACGAGGCAUACGAGUGGAUGCACUUCCACGACGCGUGUUCUUCGAGGUUGUUUGGAAGCCAGGACUGGGAGUUGGCGCCGUACAUCAGCCAGCCAGUGUUGGCUUGUCACCAUCUCUUUGCGACACCGACGAGGCAUUCCCAGUUGAUGUAUCAGAAACGUGGACAGGAGGAGGACGAAGCCCCUCCACUUCCAUUCUCCGGGCCACGUGCAGACUUCUCGGCUCAUGAGGCUGAGAAGAGCAACCGCGCCAUGCUCCAAGAGAUGCAUGCUCACCUAGCGCCAACACUCAUGCGCUCAUUCCGCAGCGUUGAAGACAUUGCCACUGAUUUCAUUCCGUAUCUGGCGCGACUGGUCUCGCCAGAUGUGAAGCCGGUUGUCGUCGGAGGUAGUGGCGAUCAGAAGGGAACAGCCAGCGUCAGGAAAGAGGCUGAGAAGUUGAUGGUCAAGCGUGCAGCAGAUGCAAUGCUGGAUGUGGGCAUUGCCCUCCAGCGUGGAAAAAUCGAAGGCGACGCUUUCACACGGCCGGUUUGGGUAUAUCGAAUGGAACCUGACCUUGAUGCCUUGUCCACGUUUGAGACUUCGGCGGCGGUCCUUCACGGCACACAAGCACCGACUCGAUAUGCAGUCCGCCAAGUGGUCGAUCAGGAAAUGCACAAGGUAUCAAUUCUGCGGGAGAAUACGGCAAGACAGGCUCGAUACAAGGCUGGAAACCCUCAUGAGGCAGAAGACUUUUCGUUUGAAAGCAAAGAGAACGCAAAGCCAAAAGGGCCUAUUCUGCCUAUAAUACCUGUCAAGAAGGAUUUCUUUGGCAGAGUCAUCAAGUCGGAUCCCAAGCCACUGCAGGAGACAGAUGGUAACAGCAAUAAGAAACCCAAGGCAAGCGACAAACUUGGACAGGGAGAGCAAAAGGUUUGGGUAACAUUUCAUGAAGGUAUGAAUAAUGCCGUCAGAAAACCCAUCUCCUUGGAUGAGUUGUUACGAGGUCUGUAA